GUUCACGUCUGAACUUUCGCGGCCACCUGCAGUCCUCUACAUCUUGACUCCUCCGCCAUCGGCUGUAUACUUGAGCCCAACCCAUCUCCUCAAAACCAGCCAUGCCAACAUCACCCGGCUCGGCCAAGAAGCGCAAGGCAUCCGACAUGGCCGACACAGAGUCUGAUCCUCACCGGCGGCCGGAAAACCCUUCCUCACCCAAGCCAAAAUCCAUCAUGGAUCUUCCCCCCGAACUAGUCAACCAGAUCCUCGAUCAUCUCAUCCCCAGCCUGCCCGAGAUAGGCGAGCCAGCUCCAGAAGCCUACGACAAGCUUGUCCGUGAAGACCCAUGGUACGACUUUACUCGCCGUCGCAGCGCCUUGCGCAACCUCUGUCUCGUCUCGCACUUCUUCGCCGAUCUUGCUCGCCCGUAUCUCUACCACACCAUCGCCAUAACCAGCGAAGAGGUCCUUGUGCUGCUCUUUCGCACCAUCACCGAGAAUCCAGAGUACUGCGGUUGGACCCGCUCCCUCAGCUGCCACAUCACCUUGACCAACAGCCGAGUGGUUCGCAAGACUAAGCGCUGUCUCAACAAGUUUCUUCCAACCUGGCGGGAAGGCAAGGGGUUGGUCUUUAUCACCGGUUAUCUCGAAAGCCUGCAAAUGCGGCGUGCUAGCACUGAUCCGGAAGAAUACUACGAGAUGGCCCAGGGGAUAUUCGGCAUGACCAUUACCGCCCUGUAUUCACUCGAGACCCUGCUGCUGCAGCUUCCUGCGAUUGAGGAUGACCGCGAUUAUUUCGAACUGAUAAGCUGUCUCAGAAUCACAAUGUCCUACUUCAACACGGAGGAGGGCGAAAAGUGCCGUGGCUAUCUCGCCAUCCUUCCCGAAGAUGUCAGGACCAUGAUCCCCGACCGGCUCGAGUCCGAGGCCCUCACCCCCUUCCAGCACCUCACCACUCUUCUCCUCCAAGGUGACCCGUCAGUCGAGGACCCUACCACGCUCGACGAAGACGAUUCCGAUACCGGCGACCCUCCCGAAGUCUUCGGUGUCCAGACCCGCCACUAUCACCCUCUUUUCGAGCUUCUUCCCGCUCUCACCACCCUCGAAGUAUCCACUGACGACGGCCUAUUUACCUUCUUGGACGGCGAGGAGGACUUGACCGAUGUCUUCGCCAGACCCAUCACCUCCUUUCAUUUGAGCCCCGCCAAGCAUGUCUACCUCCACUCUUCAGUCGCCGACCCGCGCAACAUCGGCAGGAUACUCAGACACGCGACAGACCUGGAGACGCUCUACAUGUUUCCCCGAAGGGUGGACAGCUUCCAUAGGAUACCACCCCAGGAUGCAACCCAGGCGGACGAGGAUUGCUUAGAUCAAGCGUUGGUGAAAUACGGGAAGAAGCUGAAACAUCUGGAUCUUAACUGGUUUGACUGCCAGGGUUUAGAGGCCAGCAUCGGCGUUGGCGGACGGCUCUCAACUCUUCCACAACUGAAGGAGGUGGAAAAGCUGUGCAUUCAGUUCGUCAUGCUGUACGGGGAUCUGCCAGCGGGCGAGCAGAUGAUGCAGCAAAGGCCAGUGGUGGAUCUGUUACCGCCCAACCUGGUUGAGCUGACCCUGGAGGAUUGGUGGUGGGACAGCCUCGAUGAUUUCGACACAUUCUACCGCUGGUCGGACGAGCAAAAGGAAGCCCAUUACCGGGAAAAGAAGGAAUACAGGGAGACGGUUCUGGACAUGAUGAAGGGCCUUGCUUCUGUUUCAGGGAGGAACGCCAAACCCGGUCGGUAUGGCGAGAACAAGAUGCACAAGCUGAAACGGUUCCGCUUCUUUGUCAGGACGCUGCCUACAUGGCUACCAGUUGACGACAAGGCUCCGGAUGUGCAAGAGCUGUUCAAAGACGUUCGGGAGUUGUUUGAGAAGGCUGGGGUAGAGUUCGUCGUUGACGUCGACCAGCCCCUUGAUAUGGAUAUGGAAGAGGAGAUGCAGUAGUUUGCAAGCUCCAUCUGGAAGUCGCACCCAUCGCUUCGAUCACGGCAACAACACAAACCGUCGGCCCCCUCGCAGCCGAGUAAAACAUCACUACAACCGCUCAUCGACCAACAACUACUAUCCGACAUCUCGCUGUACCCACUGCUCCUUCGUUCACUGCUUCGGCUUCAAGCG